CGUUCUGUCAAGUGCUUUGAAAACAGCUGACAACGGCGGAUAAUGUGCUGACGAGCAUUAUGGGCAGGCGGUACCCGGGAGCCCACUAUCGUCAAAGCAAUUCAUUUGAUUCCGGUGUGGAAACCUUGGCGGGGUUUAUGGCAAGCAACGGCACCUCAGACGUUGUGAAUCGGAACGGACCCGCCACGCCCCCCAACACCCUCCAGCUGCGCUCCUCUCACAACGAACUGCUGAAUGCCGAAAUCAAGCACACGGAGGUCAAGAACGGCACCCCUCCCAAAUGCCGGAAGAAAUACGCCCUGACCAACAUUCAGACCGCCAUGGGUUUAUCAGACCCUGCCGCCCAGCCGUUGCUGGGAAGCAAUUCCUCCAACAUCAAGCUGGUGAAAAACGGAGAAAACCAACUUAGGAAGGCAGCCGAGCAAGGACAACAAGAUCCCAACAAAAACCUCGCUGCUCCCUCCGUGACGACGGGUCUAAACAUAACUUCUGAGAAGUUGGAGGGGAAGGAACCGAGCCAACAGGACUCUUCCGGCGGCGAAAUCCUGCCCACCCAGCACCGAAGAUCGAAGAGCUUCCUAAACUACUAUGCAGACCUUGAGACCUCAGCCAGGGAGGUGGAGCAGAAUUACGGGGAGAGCCAAGUGGCGGAGGAGAAGUUGUCUUCACAAUGCAAUAGCCAAGCCUCCCUGGUCAUGGGGAACGGGGAGACCUCGCCUCAGAAGCAAAACGAGGCGGCGAGUCCCGAAGAUGGGCCGGCGGUGACCGUCUCUUCCAGUCCGGAGACUAAAAAGGAUCACCCUAAAACCGGCGCCAAGACCGAUUGUGCGCUGCACAGGAUCCAGAACCUGGCUCCGAGUGACGAAGACUCCAGCUGGACCACGUUGUCUCAAGACAGCGCCUCUCUGAGUUCCCCGGAUGAAACGG